UUGGUGCAAACGAUUUUCUUUUUUUAAUCAAAAUUUAACUUGGCCAACAUAUUGUAUUAAUACACUUUAUUUUGAACAAGAGUGUAUUCUCAGCAUGUCUGCCGAUAUCCACUACGCCACUGUGAACUUCUCACAGAAGAAACCGAAUAAAGAAGUAUUGAGGAUACAAGAAGGUGACACCACCACAUAUGCUGAAGUGAAGGUUUCAGGCAGUUCAGACUCUCCAUCAUCCAUAGAUGAACCAGUAACUGAUAAGAUCAUCGGUGAACAAGCCCCAGGAGCUCUCCAGAGGAGAGUCGUUAAACUGAGAUGGGUGUUCAUUAUCCUGGCUCUUCUCUGUCUCGUGCUAGUGAUCACUUUUAGCCUGCAUUUUAAUACAAGAAACACAUGUCCCCAACUGUGGAGACCAUUCAAGUCAAAGUGUUACUUCUUCUCCACAGUUGAGAUGAACUGGAGUUUAAGUCAGGAAAACUGUACUGCGAUGGGAGGGCAUCUGGUAAUCAUAGAGAGUGAAGAUGAGCAGGAAUUCUUACUGCAGGAGGCAAAUAUCACCCAAUAUUGGAUUGGACUCACUGACUCUGAAGAAGAAGGAGCCUGGCACUGGGUGGACAAAUCAACUCUGCGCGACCCAAAGUUUUGGGGAGAAAGGAAUGGAAAGAAGGAACCAGAUAACCACAAUGGCAACGAAGAUUGCGCUCGCCUCAACACUGAUCAGGGUUUGAAAGGCUGGUUUGAUGUGUCAUGUGGAAGAAACUCCAAAUGGGCUUGUGAAGCACAAGUCAAAAAUAUCAAGCUGUAAACCCAUGGACCACUGCUCCUGCUGUCUCAAAGUGACAUUUACCUGCUUUCAGAGACCUCAGUCCUGACAAGACCUCUCAGCCUUCUCUCGAAAUGUUUACGGAUUUGCUCAGAGUCACCAAUUUCAGAUCCAGUGGUUCUGCCAUGCAGCUGUUGGAUGAAACGUGGGGCGUCAGUCUCUUCCAUAAUUCAUGAACAUACACAUAUUAAACCCACUAACAUACAUGUGGGCAUUCAACAUUGCAAUCUCCGUAUGGGAUGUGUGGAGAAAUCUACUCAAUGACACAAGAAAUCUGCAGUCUCGGCAGAGAUAAAAGAGAGGGAUGACAGAAAGAAUGCAGUGCAUUUAUGAUCAGUGAUUCAAUUUGGAUAAAUCAAUGUUGAUUGUUACUCUUUUAUCAGAAUAUUUCUUUAAGGAAGUAGAAUUUAUUAUAAUAUUAGGCCUUUAGAUCACCAAUAAAUCAAUGUGAAAACA